UGGGUGGCUGGAGGCUGUUUGAUGUGCAGACAAUAAACACUCUUUAAGUGCUUUUUACAUUUGUUAAUAAUAUCACCUGUGCUUUACAUUGCUUUUCCCCUCCUUGUCCGUGUUUGUCCGUUUGAAGGACAACACUCCUUCUCCAGUUCAGUAAUGGUAGGCUCCAUGUGUUGCAGGUCACAUGAUUUCAUGACAUUUGUGUGUGUAUAUAUAUGUGAGAUGCCUGGGGACUCUGCUCAGACUGCGCUGAACUUCCCUCUUCAGAGCCACUCAUCAUUUCAGAGAAGUCACCUGCCACCAUGAUGCCUGGGGGCUUAUCUGACACCAAGCCAGCUACACCAGAGGUUCAGCAGCUUGUUAACCAGGUGAAGUCACAGUUCGAAAGCCGGGCAAACACGAACUGUGCUGCCUUUACAGCCAUCGUAUAUAAGACUCAAGUGGUUGCUGGGACAAUGUACUUUAUUAAGGUCCAAGUUUCCAAUGCCGAAUAUGUCCACCUAAAGGUGUUUCAGAGUCUUCCUCAAGAGAACCAAGGUCCCAGCCUUGUCAGUUUUCAGACUGGCAAAACCAGAGAUGACCCUCUGACCUACUUCUAAGACCUGAUGAGGUGCAGUGCCUCACCUCUGCAAAUCCUAUGGGGGCUCUGCCUGUGAUAGUAAAUAAAAUAAAUUUGGAAAGCUAUUGUCUAUAUUUUCCUUUUGCUGCUGACAUACCUGCAGAGGUCUUUCUUGUUAUCUUUCAUGUCUGUCACAAGACUAAAAUAAAGUAUUUCUAAUUAAGAAAUAGAAUAAACAUAAGGUUAUCUGGAAUAUAAAAAACACUUAAGGGAAAAAAGCUGAGCAAGAUAAUAAUCACUAGUAAAAAUGAG